AUGCCUUCGACGACGAAGUUACUCAGGUAUUGUCGACAUAUCUCUCGUCGGCUAUUCAUGAAAACAUUUCGUCUGUAUCCGGUGUAUCGUAUACUGGUGAUAAUUGUUCUUCUACUGCUGUUUUUAUCGUUAUUUAUUUUGUUUUUUUAUGCAAUAUUCAUUUAUCAUUUGAAUUACUGUUGUUUUAAUCCAUCGGAUAUAAUUGUGUCAUUGACAACCACUCCAAAACGAUUUCACUAUGAAUUGCCGAUUGCUGUGCAUUCUUUAUUGACUCAAACGAUUCUACCCAAAGAAAUACGCAUCUAUUUAUCGCCCAAGGCGAAUGUUAUCAACCGAACAAAUUUGACAUUAGAAUAUCUAAAAAUAUACGUGAGAAAUAUCGAUCGCUCGAGAGUUAUUGGCAAAUUAUUUGAUCAGCUAGUGCAAUUGCGAAUGGAAGAAGAAGAUUAUGGUCCAGCAACGAAGUAUUUACCGAUUAUCAAAGAGUUUCAUUCUUUAUCAACGAAUACAUUGCAAUCUCAGAGAAUUAUCAUUUGUGACGAUGAUCAUUACUACCAUCCGUAUACAAUAUCGACAUUGAUGAAAUAUUCAGAUCAGUACAAAAAUAGUAUUAUCGGCUUAAGAGGAUGGAGAAUUCGUGAAGAUCUUUCUUGGGGUGUCGGUAGUGCCGAAGAAUUCUUCUACCAUAUUGUCGAAUCCGCACGUCUUUCAGAUAUCUAUCGUGUUGGUAUUGUAACUGCUAAUCAUGGUUAUUUAAUACGUCCGUCGUUUUUUGAUUCUCACAUCUAUCUCGAUUUUAAUCAAGCACCAGCUGACAUACGUCGAGUUGAUGACAUUUGGUUGAAUGGUUAUGCAUCAAAACGAAACAUUUCCCGUUUUGUUGUUCCAACAUGUUGUCGGAGUAUAAGUGUCACUCGUACGCACGAAUUGGAAAACUAUUUGAUUGAACACCAUAUGACACGAUCGUCAGCAAAUGACCAUGCAUUAAAAUGGUUUAAUCAAACGUGGGAACGGGAUCUCUGGUAUCGAUUUUAUGGUCAAAAUCGACCACAAUAUUCCAGUGGGUGGAGAACGGCCUUUCGAGAAUGGUUGAAUGUUAUUAUCAGAUUAAGGAUUCUUAUUUACUACGGUUUUGUUUAG